UGCACUCCUUAUUUUAUGUUUUUUCACCACACUGAUUUUUUUUUGUUGCUCUUAAGAUGUUCUCAAAUCAAUCAUUUGUUCCUUUAUGGUCAUCAUAGGCUGCCUUUUGUCUGUCAUGUUUAUGGGAGAGAAUGGCAUGUAAUGGUCAGUGAACCUCCCUGAACACAAUUACUUUUUGUGUAUGUGUGAUUUACAAACGGCAAACAUUAAUCUGUAGUCAACAGCAUUGUGCGUUUUGUGGGAUUGUUUUGUUUACUCAGAUUUGGGGGGAAAAAAAGUGCCCGGGGGAUUUCUAAUUCAUUCAGCUCUUUGUUUCUCCUCUUGUUCAACACACAUUCAUAUGCGGCGAUGAUGAAAUGAGAAGUGGAGAGAAGCAGAUUAUCCUAAUCCUCAGAAACGUGGAAAGCGUUAAAACACGUUCCUUGUGUGGAUCCACGUGCAAUAGCUCGAGUCCAUUUAUAAAAUUGAUACACACUCGUCAGGUCCUGUAAAGCUGACUAAGUGCUUAGUACUGUAUUGCUGAUGGAACAGUUUAACGGGAACGUUAUAUUUGUCCUCCUACAGUAAAAUAGCAGUUUUAAAGGUACUUAAAACUCUAUUGUCAAGAAAAUAAAUAUAAACCUUCGACGGCCUUGAAAACUUGUCCACAGUCAUUAUGAUGCUCGUAGCUCCCCGGAACACACGCACACACACACACAAACGGAAGCACGUGCCUAAGGCUCCAAAAGGACUACAAUACCUCACGAUAAGACUUACAUGAAUGCAGCUGAGAAAUUGGCGUGACUAUUGGCCUGCCAGAAACACAAAUUCUCCGCUGGUGAGAGAGAGAAAACAAUUGCUCUGUGUGAAUGGAAGCAACAAACGAUUAGACACCGGAUGGAGUGAAAGUCUCACAAGAAACGACAGCAAGUAGAGAUUGCCACCAUCUUCUCUCACCACUAAAUUCUUUCUCCAGCUGUCAGCUGAAGCUUUUACCAGAUGGGUUGAAUAUUUCAUGCAAGAGGCAGAAUGGCUGGAAGCUGAACAUUAAGAGUGUCCUUUGACUUUGUAUAAGGUAGAGAUGGGGGACAUACGUCAGUCCUUGUUGCCUCGUGAUGUGCUGAGUGCCGCCAAGGAGCUGCUGUACCACUUGGACAUCUACAUCAGUAACCUGGUGCAAUCGGGUAGGCAGCCUCCCCAAGUAGACACCAAGACCUUGGAGCUGGUUGAGGAAUUCAUUCUGCAUGCACCAAAGGACAGAAGCGCACUGACCAGGAGAAUGAGUGCACUUCAGGAGCUUCAGCUUCUGGAGAUAAUGUGCAGCUGUUUCCAGGAGCAGAGCCGUGAUACUGUUCGUCAGCUCAUGUUCUCCGCCCUCUUCAGCCUCCAAGGGAACCAGGCAGAUGACAGCCGCAUGGGACUGCUCGGCAAGCUGGUCUCCAUGGCAGUUGCUGUCGGCAGGGUUCCCAUCUUAGAAUGUGCCGCCUUCUGGCUGCAGAGGACCCAUCGCGCAUACUGCAUCCGCCUGGCACAGGUGCUGGUGGAUGACUACUGCAGCAUGAUGCCAGGUUCUGUGCUCACCCUACAGAAUAUUCACAGUGCCAGUCCUCGCUUCUGCUGCCAGUUCAUCACUGCUGUUACCACCCUCUACGACUUCACCUCAGAGGAGCUCAUCCCUCCUCUAGAGCUCCUCCAGAUGAUUGUGUCAUGGAUCCAAGAUGACCCCCGCAUCGUUCUGGUCACCUUCCUAAACACGCCCCUAUCUGGCAGCCAACCAGUCAGCUCACUUGAUCUUACACCUCUAGGUGGGCUGACGCGCUGGUGCGUCAAAGCCCCGCUGGGAUACAGGAGGGACAAGAAGCAGGUGUCCGUACACUGCAGCUCGGAGAGUGAGCAGGAAGUGACGGGCCUUUUCUCGGCACUCCAUCUGAGUGUCCUUCAGGUCUUCAUGCUCCUACCAAACCUGCUCAAGGAGAAAGGCAUUUUCGGCCGCUUGGCGCUCCUGCAGAUGGACUCCUUGGCCUCUCUGACCUCCGACCUUUCUCGCCAAUUGGACCAGGCCGACAAACACACGCAAAUCUCCGCCGCUGACAUACAUGUGCUCACGCAGCUGGCUCUGGACAGGCUGGCUCAGGCCUUGCAAGUCGCCAUGGCCAGUGGAGCUUUGCUCUGCUCCAGAGAGGACCUGAGAGCCAUCUGUUCACGCCUGCCACACAACAAUUUGCUCCAGCUGGUGUUGUCCGGCCCGGUGAUGUACUACAACAACAUCCACACCCCCCCUCUGGCCUUCAGCCCUCAUGCCUCCCACUCUCCUAUUGCCUCGCACCCCAUUCACCCGGCGCACGCACCCCACACGCCUCUGACCACACAUCCCUCGCCCCAUCCCACCUCCCAUCCCCAGUACCCAGCGCAGCCCUUCAUGACUGGACUUCCAUUUCCAUUUCGACCGAGCCAUUGAAGAAAAAAAAACAAACUGUGAGUUAAACUCAUCCUUGUCCGCGCGUGUGCAUGAAAAGUGUGUUUGUGUGUACAAAGUGGCGGCGCAGCGUCUCAUGCACUGUAUCAUAAUGUUAAAUAAGCCCAUUGACUUCUGAAAAUGUGUGCGGCUAACAUGUUUGUCCAAUAAAUAUUUUUGUACCUCUCCUCUUA